AACACUCCUCAUCUCCCACAUCUUUCCACUCAGGCCAGGACGAAGCAAACAAGCAGCAGUAAUGGAGUAUUCUGUUCUAUUCGAUCGCCAUUAAACAGUGGUGGUGCGCGCCUUAAUUAGAAUUUAGAAGCAGCGCGCUUAGCUUAAUUGGUAGGGGAGGCGAUUAUGAAGGAGACGGUGGUGCUGUACCCGGGCAUGGGGGUGGGGCACCUCACGCCCAUGGUGGAGCUCGCGAAGCUCUUCGUCCGCCGCGGCUUCGCCUCCGUGGCCGUGGUCGCGGUGGAGUCCCCCUUCCCCGGGGCCCCAUCCAUGGAGCCCGUGAUCUCGCGCCUCUCCUCCUCCCACCCGGCCUCCUCGAUCUCCUUCCACCUCCUCCCCCGCGUCGCCUACACACCUCCCCCCCCGGGCGGCAACCCCUUCGCCGGGAUGUUCGACGUGCUCCGCCUCAACAACCCCGCGCUCCUCUCCCUCGUCCGCUCCCUCUCCCCUCCCCCCCGCGCCCUCGUCCUCGACUUCUUCUGCACCGACGCCCUCGACGUCGCCGCCGAGCUCGCCCUCCCCGCCUACUUCUUCUUCUCCUCCGGCGCCGCCAACCUCGCCGUGUUCCUCCACCUCCCCCACGACCCCGCCGGCGCCGCCAGCUUCAAGGACCUCGGCCGAGCCCCCGUCCACUUCCCGGGCGUGAGGCCCAUCCCCGCCUGCGACAUGCCCCAGGUGCUGUCGGACCGCGACACCGACACCUACCGGGCCCUCGUCCGCAACUUCGGGCGCCUCCCCAACUCCCGGGGCAUCCUCGUCAACACGUUCGAGGCGCUCGAGCCCGGCCCCGCGCGCGCCCUCCGCGACGGGCUUCCGCUCCCCGGGCGCCCCAUGCCCCCCACCUACUGCGUCGGCCCCCUCGUCACCGGCGGGCUCGAGAAAGCCAAGCGAGGAGGAGGCGUCGGAGGCGAAGGAGAUGGACGGCCGGAGGCGGAGCGGCACGCGUGCCUCGCGUGGCUCGACGCCCGGCCGGAGCGGAGCGUGGUGUUCCUCUGCUUCGGGAGCAUGGGCGCGUUCUCGGCGGACCAGCUGAGGGAGACGGCGCUGGGGCUGGAGCGGAGCGGGCACGGCUUCCUGUGGGUGGUGCGGAGCCCCCCGGACCCGGACCCGUCCAAGGCGUUCGCGCCGCGGCCCGAGCCGGACCUGGGCGCGCUGCUCCCGGAGGGGUUCCUGGACCGGACCGCGGGGCGCGGGCUCGUGGUGCCGUCGUGGGCGCCGCAGGUGGAGGUGCUGCGCCACGGCGCGGUGGGCGCGUUCGUGAGCCACUGCGGGUGGAACUCGUCGCUGGAGGCCAUCACCGCGGGGGUGCCCCUCGUGUGCUGGCCCCUCUACGCGGAGCAGCGGAUGAACAAGGUGUUCCUCGUCGACGAAAUCCGCGUCGGGGUCGCGGUGGACGGGUACGAUCAGGCGCUCGUCGCAGCCGACGAGGUGGAGAGGAAGGUGAGGCUGGUGAUGGAGACCGAUGACGGCGAGAGGCUCCGGGCGCGCGCCGCCGAGCUCAAGGACAAGGCUGCGGCGGCGCUCGACGAGGGGGGCUCGUCGCACGCCGCGUUCCAAGAGUUCUUGAAGGAUUUGGCGAAACAAGAAGAGAAUGCAGUUUGAUGGAUAAGAAGAAUUACGAAAUUAAAAAUAAAAAUUCUCCCUGUAAUUUUUUUUUUUUCUUUCUAUAUUUAACGAACAGCAUCUUUGAGAUUGGUUUUUGUUUCAGCGCAUAAUUUCGCCAUUUUAAAUCA